AUGGCAUCUGAAAUGCAAGUUCAAACAAACUCGGACGAUGAUCAGGAAUCAACGCCAGAGGCGAAGCCAACACGUGCGCAUCAGCUUAUCUAUGACGUAGAAGAAUGGCCGCCAAUUCCUAUAUCGAUAUCUGUAGCAUUUCAGCACCUCCUUGGCUGUCUUGGAGGGAUCGUAACACUAACGUACACUGUCAGCGACGCUGUUUGUCUCACCAACAUUGACCCGAUCCGUUCACAGAUAUUCUGCUCAUCAUUAUUUAUGAUUGGACUUUCAACUGUUGUACAGAGUCUGAUUGGAGUACGGUUACCCGUGUUUCAAGGUCCAUCAUUCACCUUCCUGCCUCCAAUCAUAGCCAUGAAAACCAGUGGGGAGUGGCUAUGUCCAGAGCCCAUUCAAGGUAAUAAUAUGACGGUCAACAGUACAACAAACACAUCCAGUUACAAUGAGUUGGUGUACUCAAGAAUGAAUCAACUACAGGGGAGUCUCAUGCUAGCGUCUAUCAUCGAGGUAGUGCUAGGAGGAACGGGUGCCGUGGGAAUUUGUCUGCGAUUCGUUGGGCCAAUCACAAGCUCUGUGACAAUUUUCCUUCUUGGAUAUUCUCUGUAUCCCGUACCCAUAUCAUACAGCAAAAGUUAUUGGCCGGUUGCUUUAACGAGUGCCUUUAUUGUGAUUGUCUGCGGUAUUUACCUGGCCCAUGUGCGGAUUUCUCUACCCCGCUGUUGUAGGAGGCGAGGUGUCCCCUCUAAAGGAUACUCAAUCUGUGACGUAUUCGCGAUUCUGAUCAGUAUAAUUAUAACCUGGAUCCUUUGUUUCGUGUUGACCCGAGCUGGCGUUCUCCCGGACGAUCAGACGGAGCCGGCAUACAAAGCACGGACAGACACGAGGACGGUUCUAAUUGAAACAACACCCUGGUUCUUUUUCCCGUAUCCGGGUCAGUUUGGAGCCCCUGGUUUUAACAUGGCUUUAUUUAUCGGAUUCCUGUCCGUGGUCAUAUCAUCAGCCAUGGAGUCUGUUGGGGACUAUUUUACCAUAGGGAAGACCUGUGACGCAUUUCCGGUUCCGUCGCACGCUGUUAACCGCGGCAUUCUCAUCGAAGGAUUGAUGAGUGUCCUCUCAGCAUCUCUAGGAACUGGCCAUGCCACUACUUCCUACACUACGAACGCAGCCGUGGUAGCCAUUACAAAGGUAGGAAGUCGUUACGUUUUAGCCUUGGCGGGAGUAAUGGGCAUGGUGCUAGCGAUAUUUGGAAAGCUCGGAGCCGUUAUGACGUCAAUGCCAGAUCCGAUCAUAGGAGGAAUAACUCUUGUUAGUUUAGGAAUUGUGUUGUCGCUCGGAAUCGCGGGUCUACGGGUGGUCGACAUGACAUCCUCCCGGAACAUCUCAGUUGUUGGCAUGUCAAUAUUUAUACCAAUAAUAAGUUCCGAAUGGCUCAACAGAAAUCCUGGACAAAUUCAAACAGGAAGUUACGAACUGGACAAGGUGAUUGAGAUCAUUAUAGGAUUUCCAAUGAUAUUAGGAAUCAUUAUCGCCGUUUUUUUGGACAACACAAUAAAGGGAACUAAAAAAGAGCGGGGAUUUGAACUUGUGACAGCUGAUGUUACCACCGUUGUCAAUGGAAACGAUACUGGAACUACAUCAAAGUCGAGUUUGACUAUGGUGAAUAAAGGGAGAGAUAUCUUUGAUUUACCGUACAUUAACCACUUGUGUAGAAACAAUUCGUGCUUAAAAUAUCUACCUUUUAUACAGACGAACUUACAUACUAAGAUUGACUUUGUCGCUUGAAUAGUAAGUAAUCCUUAAAGAUUCUACUUGUUCGGCGCAGCGGUGACCGAGUGGUAGGGUGCUCCGACACUUUAUCACUAGCCCUCCACCUCUGGGUUGAGAGUUCGAAAUCUAACUGGGACAGUUGCCAGGUACUGACCGUAGGUCGGUGGUUUUUUUCUGCGGUUACUUUGAGUUCUCUCCAUCUCCAAAACCUGGCACGCCCUUAAAUGACCCUGGAUGUUAAUAGGACGUUAAACAAAAUAAACCGACCCAACUCUUCUAAAACAAAUUCUUACUAUUUAUUGAAAAGAAGAAUAGUAUACUACAUAUGCAAGCAUAUUUCUUAUCUAUAAUUGUGUG